GAUUCCUCUUGCGCCAGAUAAGUUAAAGAGCUUUUACUCAAACCAUUUCACCCACCAUCAAUUCAAGAGCACUUCUCGAAAUACACAACUGUUUGACCCUUUCCAUCAUGGCUCCCAACAAAAUCAUAUCUAGCCAAUUGAUCAAAACAGUGGCUAAUCAUGGCAAGAAUAUCAAGGUCAAAUAUGCUACUAAGACCGAGACUUGGGAACGUACCUUUUUGGCCAGUAGUGUGCAGGAUGAUUUCAGCAAAGCUAUAGAAAAGACUGAUGAUAUCCCUUCUGGCGCAACAACCGCUAUCUUAGCUGAAAAAGAGCAUCCAAGUUCGAGUGACAGCAAAAGUCACUUCACCACUGUCUUCGAAAACGAUGAUGGAGAACACAUUUCGACGAAGCAUGUUUACCCUUAA